AUGCCAAAAAAAAAAAAAAAAAACCGUCGGAGAAGUAGUAAAAGCAGCCGAAGAAAGAAGAGAGGCUGCAGUCCGUUGCUCUGUUUCUUGAGAAAAAAAAUCCAGCAGGAAAAGAAGAAAGAUCAUCAAAGGGAAAAUAGGUUAAGGAGGAAGAGGAAGAGGAUAUAUAUUCGUACGGGGAAUAAUUGGGAAUUGGGUUACUUCAUGGGUUCGUCAUCGAUCAGGGAAUUGCUGGGUUUGGGUUACUGGGUUCAAGGAUUCAGGUGCUUCCCAUGGCUGGCUGUCAAUUUCUUCUUGAAAGAUGGACUCAAUGUCGACUCUUCCACUCUACAGCUACUCCAGAACUCCGCCAAUCUCCCCAUGGUCGCUAAACCUCUCUACGGCGUUAUCUCCGACGCCGUCUACAUCUCCGGCCAGCACCGUAUCCCUUACAUCGCCAUCGGCAGUCUCUUGCAGGCAAUUUCAUGGCUAGGCAUUGCACUCCUCUCACCAUCAAGCACCUCCAUGCUUACCUUAUCCCUUUAUCUCCUCCUCGGCAACCUCGGAGCUUCUCUAGCAGAAGUGGCAAAUGACGCUAUUGUAGCAGAGGCAGGAAAGUCAUCGUCAUUGUCAUCAUCUUCAUCCAGCGAGCUGCAGUCAUUUGUUUGGAUAGCAUCCUCUGCUGGUGGAGCCAUUGGGAAUCUCUUAGGCGGCAUAGCCUUGAGCAACUUCUCUCCUCAAUCUAUGUUCCUCUUCUUCGCUAUAGUUUCAUCCCUCCAAUUUCUCAUCACCAUUUCGGUCCGUGAAAGAUCCCUCGACCUCCCAAAGCGUGCAUCCAAUUCCGGGAUCACCAAGCAGCUCCUCCAGCUCUCUGCCGCACUACGCAAACCCGAGAUUGCUCGCCCCAUCGCUUGGUUAGCCGCUUCGUACGCCAUCAUCCCAGCACUGACAGGUACCAUGUUCUACUACCAAACACAGCACCUCAAAAUCAACUCAUCCGUGUUGGGAAUCUCCAAGGUGUUUGGCCAAGCAGCGAUGCUCGUCUGGAGCGUGGUUUACAAUCGUCGUCUGAAGUCCAUUCCAGCGAGAAAACUGAUCGCCGCAAUUCAGACAACAAUGGCACUGCUCAUGGCCUCCGAUGUCCUGUUCGUGAGGGGAGUUUACCGGAACAUGGGCGUACCGGAUUCACUUUACGUUGUAGUCUUCUCGGGUCUCCUGGAGGUACUCUACUUCUUCAAGCUUCUCCCAUUCAACAUCGUGAUGGCGCAGCUAUGCCCUCCCGGAUGCGAGGGUUCCCUGAUGGCAUUAGUGGCAUCCGCUGUAGCCCUCUCGUUCAUCAUCAGUGGCUAUCUCGGCAUUGCACUUGUAUCGAUCGUUGGUGUGACCGGAGAUGACUUCUCGAGGCUGCCCAGGGGACUCCUGAUACAGGCCUUAUGCACAAUGGUACCUAUCUACUGGGCUUCCUGUAUCCCAGAUGGUAAGAAGCUUGCAGAGAAGAAGGAAUGAAGAUGUCAACGAGUGUUAAUUGAUUGUGGAUUCCCAAAAGUUUGCUUCUUUUGUAGAGCCAUUUUCGACAUAACUAGUUCCCACGAUGUAACCUUAUCCUUAUUAUGCACAUAGCAGACAUUCCUAUAGAGUUAUGUAAAUAAGGCUAGCAUGUUCAAAGCAAAGAACUUUCAGCACAAAUCAGAGUUUUUCGAUACCUCAAAUUAAGCAGAAGAUUACAGAGUUCUGAGUUGGAUCGUGCAGCCAGAGGCUGCGCCGAUUUCUGUUACAGAAAGACAAUACACAGAAACACGAUUUGAAUUAAGAAGUACCAAAAAGGAAGGACGGACAAGUUAGGGUUUCUUUCUAGACACGAUCAUCCCAGAGGCUCUUCGUCUCGGUUUUGCCCGAGUCCAGGAGAUUCUUGACGUCGCCGGGAGGAUCGAGGCCCAGGCGUUGAGCUCGCUGCCAGCGGGCCAUUCUCGUCAUUCCGAUGCAAGGUCCGUAGGCCAUGUUCAUGUCAAAUUCCCUCAGCACCUGCUCGGUUUUCUCCACAUCCUCUGCAAACAAAAAAGGAAAUAGAAAAUCAGAACAUAUCGAGAUCGGGAAAAUUGUAACGCGACGAGAUUGAGAGAGAGAGAGAGAGAUAGAGACCUUGGAGAUGGGGAGCGCCGUGGGGAGAAGUGAUCAAGGCGGCCGGGGAUUUCUUCUUGAUUGACUUGGAGGGUUUGCCGACGGCGUCGCUCCGGUUGGGUUUCUUCUGCUUGUAGUACGACUUCAUCAUCCUUGCCACUGCCGCCGGUUGUAAAGUUAAGGUACACUACUCUGCUCUGCUCCGAUCUUCCUUCUCUCUCUGUCUAGAAUUCUCUUUCUUCGUGGGAUUUCAAAAUUUGAAUGCGUCUGUUUGCAUCU